UCAAACUCUAUAUGAUCACAACAAAUCCAAAAAAGAAGAAUAAGCAUGGCUCAAAAGAUCAACAAAUCUUCACUAAUCUUCUUACUCCCAAUCCUAAUUAUCUUAACUACCAUUUCCAAAUCAACAUCACUUUAUCCAAUUUAUUCCUGCUCAAACACCACUAUGUUCGCCAACAAUACCCAAUAUCAAACCAACCUAAACACCCUCUUCACUUUCCUCUCUUCCAACUCAACCACCCCAACCGGCUUCCAUCAAGCGGUUUCCACCAACGGCACCGCCACGGAUGAGGCGGUGUACGGUCACUUCCUCUGCCGUGGUGACCAAAACGCUACCUCAUGCCAAGAUUGCGUUACCACGGCCGUGACCAUAGACCUCCCUAGGCUACACUGUCCUAACCGAAAAGAAGCAAUAAUAUGGUACGACAAGUGCAUGGUUAGGUACUCUAACUGCUCGUUUUUCAACUCAAUGGAUGAUUCACGAGCCGUGGUUUAUUGGUCGGAUCCGGGUCAAGUAAUUCGCAACGAGACCCGAUUCAUGGAGCUUUUGAAGAAGAUGAUGAACAACGAAAUUGCCGUUAGAGCUGCACUCGGAGGAUCACAGAAGAAAUUUUCAACGGGGUUUGUGAACGUUACGGCGUUUCAGACAAUAUACGGGUUAGGGCAGUGUACACCAGAUUUGAGCCCUAGUGAUUGUAAUACUUGUUUGGAGACUGCUGUUGGAAGCUUUAUCGUGGGUCAAAGUGGAGGAGUUAUGCCGCCUAGCUGCAAAGUCCAAUAUGAUAUUAUUCCUUUCUUUGAUUUGUCAUUACUUCCGCCACCGCCACCACCAUCGUCGCCACCAUCACAACCAUCACAACCACCGUCCUCGACGGAAGAUUUCACUCACACUAGGGGACAUGGGAGCUACACAGCGAAGAUUGCUAUCCUAAUCACAGUACCAACCGUUGCACUAACUUCUCUUAUAGUUUGGUUGAUCUAUUUCUUGUUUAGAAGAAGAAAGACAUGGAGAAACGCUAAAACGGAUUCCGGUUCUCUCCACCGAGUUAAAAAUGACGAAAGCAUAAGUUUAGUGUCUCUACAGUUUGAUUUUCACACCAUUAGGGUGGCUACAAACAACUUUUCGGAUGCUAAUAAACUUGGCCGAGGUGGAUUUGGUACAGUUUAUAAGGGAAGAUUAGCCAACGGACAAGAGGUCGCGGUUAAAAGGCUCGCAAAAAAUUCCAAUCAAGGUGAUGGCGAGUUCAAGACCGAGGUUUUGUUAGUGGCGAAGCUUCAGCACAGGAAUCUCGUUAGACUCCUUGGGUUCUGUAUAGAACGUAAAGAAAGAAUUCUCAUCUACGAGUUUGUUGCCAAUACAAGCCUGGAUCAUUUCCUGUUCGAUGUAAGCAAGCGAUCAUAUUUGGACUGGAGAAGCCGGUACAACAUUAUAGUGUGCAUAGCUCGAGGAAUCCUUUACCUUCAUGAAGAAUCUCGACUACGAAUCAUCCAUCGUGAUCUUAAGGCCAGCAACAUACUUCUUGAUGAUGAAAUGAAUCCUAAAGUUGCAGAUUUUGGCACGGCUAAGUUGUUUGAAGCUGAUCAAUCUCAGGGUGAUACCAACAGAAUUGUUGGUACCUAUGCAUACAUGGCUCCGGAAUAUGCACUUUAUGGUUUAUUCUCUGUGAAAUCCGAUGUCUACAGCUUUGGCGUACUAGUUCUCGAAAUUAUUACAGGUAGAAAGAAUAGAGGCUCUCCCAAUGGCAAUGAGGAAGAUGAAGAGGACCUAAUAUACUUUGUAUGGAGAAAUUGGAGAAAAAAUACACCUCUGAGAAUUGUGGAUCCAACAUUGUCAAUAAGGUCAAAGAUUGAGAUUAUAAGAUGCAUACACAUGGGUUUGUUAUGUGUUCAAGAAAAUGUAGAGGAUCGACCAACAAUGUCAUUUGUGGUGUUGAUGCUCAGUAGCCACUCGCUAACUCUUCCGGUGCCUUCUUCUCCUGCGUACAUCACGCCCACCACUAAUGGCAGAGGCACUACUAGGCCUCGUGACAGCAAGGAAAUAUAUGUUGGGCGUUCAUCAGUGAAUGAAGAUUCUAUUACUGACCUCUAUCCACGAUAGGGUUCUAAGAUUAACAGAAUGAUCAAUCUAAAUAUGGUUUAUACACCCGGGUGGGCAAUGCUCAUUGUAAUGGCUCACCUUGUUUUUAAAUGAACAUAUAGUUCAAAUACAAAGAACAUAUUGUUCAUACCCAACAAAUAUAUAGCGAAUGAACAUAUGGUUUAAAUCCAAAGAACAUAUAGUACAAAUAUUUCAUUUGUACAUGUACUAUGAAAUCUAGAUUCUCAAAGAACAUUUGUCAGUGAAUGAGGAUUCUAUUAUUGACAUCUAUCCGCGAUAGGGUUCCAAGAUGAAAUCAACGAUCAAUGACCGACCUAGAAAUUGUUUGAUGUUUCCUUCCUGCAUUGUUAGAGUACUUGUUCCUAUUUUGUUUAACUUAAUGAUGGGAAAUGGGCUUGUUCUUCGUAUAAUUUGUACUAAAUUCUUAAAAGUAGUAAUAGAACUAAUUA